AUUCCCUAAUUAUUGUAACUUUUUUUACGCCGUGCAACGCACGGGUUCGAGUCUAGUAAGCUUCAAAAGAAAUAAGCACCGGAGAAGCUCCCGGGGCAGGAUGAAAAUGCCGCCGGGGCCUCGGAGACUGCCCCUCAUCGGAAGCUUGCACCAUCUAGUGGGUAAAUAUCCACCACACCGCUUGAGAGAGCUGGCCAAAAUACACGGCCCCCUCAUGCACGUCCAGCUCGGGGAAGUUUUUGCAGUCAUCGCGUCUUCCCCCAGCAUGGCCAAGGCGGUGUUCAAAACCCACGACUUGGCCUUCGCUUCCCGCCCCAAACUGCUGGUCCCGGAGACGUUGUUCUACAAGAGGUCCGACAUCUUCUUCUGUUCGUACGGAGACUACUGGAGACAGGUGCGCAAGAUCGUCAUCGUCCACCUCCUCAGCAAUAAAAACGUCAAGGACUUUGGGUCCAUCAGGCAGGACGAGGUGUCCCGCGUGAUGGAACUAGUCCGGUCUCACGUAGGUCGAAGACGACCCGUGAACGUCAGGAAGAUCAUUUCCCGAUUCACUAGCUCGAUGACUUGUCGGGCGGCAUUCGGGAGCGUUAUGAAGAAUGAGGAUGAGUUCAUCACCCUCGUAGAUGAGGUCGUGGUCUUUCUGGGAGAGUUCGACGUGGCAGACAUAUUUCACUCUCUCAAGUUCUUACACCGCCUGAGCUCGACGAGGCGCAAACUCCCCAAGAUUCACAAAAGGGUCAAUGCCAUUCUCGACGACGUCAUUGAUUGUCACAAGAAGAAGAAGAAGAAGAAGAGGCUGCACGCUGCAGGCGGUGGAAGUGAUGAAGAGGAGAAUCUCAUAGACUACCUCCUGAGGAUCAUUGGCGCCGACGACCUUCACUUUCCCAUAACGGACGACAACAUUAAGGCCCUCGUGUUAGACAUGUUUCUUGGAAAUUUUAAUAUUAUGGACUUCGGAUUCGGCAUCGCGGGUUCCUCCGGCAACGGAAUAAGUUCCGAAGCUCCGGUCGAAACCUCCUCUGUCGCCAUGGUUGUGCCUUCCUCACCGCUGCCCUUCGGGUCAAGUGUGGGGGCCACCACCAUGACGUCAUUCUCGAUGCCGAGCUCAAUCUUCGGGUCGGCCCCUCGACCCAUCCCCGGGCUCGAAACCACGGGGGACUACCCCGUCGGUAAUUCGAACCCGUUUCUCGGACCGACUAUGGCUCCGGCCUGGACGGUCAACUUUGGACCGAACGCGGGUUUCCCCGCACCGGUCAAUCCUUUUGUUGGACCUCAUUGGGCGAGCAACGGGCCUUUCCUCCAUACGCCCAAUGCAGUUGGGGCUAUCUCAGUGCCCGCUAGCUCGGUCCAAAGGCCACCGAAGUUCAAUGGCACGAACUUCAAAAUGUGGCAACAAAAGAUGAUGUUCUUUUUGACCGUCCUGGGAUUUGCUGAGUACGUGCAGCAAGAUCCCUCCCAGCCCAAUGAAGCCAACGACCCCCUUGUGGCGAUGGUGAACCAAGCAUGGUACCACAACAACUAUCUCGCCAUCAAUAUUAUUCUUGAAGGGCUGGAAGAUACGUUGUACCCCGUCUAUGCCGGUGCCAAGCUUGCAAAAGAGCUUUGGAAUAGCUUGAACAAGAAGUAUCAAGCUGAAGAUGCCGGCACGAAGAAGUUCAUCGUCGGGAAGAUGCUGGACUACAAGAUGGUCGACAGCAAAUUUCUUGUCGCCGAAGCUGAAGAGCUUACGGUUAUCUUCAAUAAAUGCAAUGAAGAGAAAGUAGGCGUCAGCGAGGCCUUCCAAGUGGCGGCCAUCAUCCACAAACUUCCCCGGUCGUGGGAAGACUUCCAAGCCGACCUCAAGCUCAAAAGAACGGAGCUAAACCUGGAGCAACUGCUCACGCGGUUGAGAAUCAGAGAGGAGGGGCUUGCCAGAAGAGGUGGAGGUGCAAAGGCGAAUGUGGUAGAACAUCCGUCGGACUCUUCACAUGGCGGGAAGGACAAGAAGAAAAUGGGUCCUAAGGGUGGUGUUUCAAAAUUUGCAGGGAAGUGCUACAAUUGUGGCAUUACCGGGCAUCGUUCCUCCGACUAUAGGAAAAAGAUGCCACAGAAAAACAAGAAAAAAACCACCAAAGCUAUGUGUGCAGAGCUCGACAACCUGGACCUCUGCGCAGUCGUCACCGAGGUGAAUCUCGUCGGGUCAAACCCGAGGGAAUGGUUUGUGGACAUAGGGGCCACACGAACGGAGACGUCGGCGAUGACGCUCGUAUGGGCGAUGGUGGAAAUGCUGAGGAGCCCGAACGUGUUGGCCAAGGCGCAGGCGGAGGUGAGGGGAGCCACCGGAGGCAGCAGGGAAAAACUUGACGUGGAGGAGCUCAGGUACAUGAAACUGGUGGUGAAGGAAAACCUCCGUUUCCACCCUGCGCUGCCGCUCUCGUUCCCGCGGGAGUGCAUCGAGGAGACGGAGGUCGAGGGGUACACGAUCCCGGCGAAAACGUGGAUCAUGGUGAACUUACAGUCGAUAAGCAGGGACCCGGCGUACUGGGAGGACGCGGGGAGCUUUGAGCCGGAGAGGUUCGAGAGCAGCGGGGUGGACUUCAUGGGGAAUAACUUCGAGUUCCUGCCCUUCGGGGGCGGGAGGAGGAUAUGCCCGGGACUCUCAUUCGGUCUGGCAAAUGUUUACCUCCUCCUGGCCAACUUGCUUUACCAUUUCGACUGGAAACUCCCCCGGGAGGCGGAGUAUGCGCGGAGCUUGGACUUGACUGAAACUGCCGGAGUUACUGACUUACUGGCGGGAAGAAGGAUGACCUGUAUUUGGUCGCCACGCCCUACACUCCAUAAUUAAAGGAGGGUGUCGUUCCUUGAAGUAAUCAACACCUAAAUUAAUUACGGGAGGGAGGAAUUUACUUGCAUGUAUUCUUUGGGAACUCUUUUUGAAAUUAUUUUAUUUCUUAAUUAGUAUAUCGAUAAGAAUUAAAAAUAACAUAUUAAAAAACUACGUCAAAAGUUCCACAAAAAAAGGUGAUACUAAUAUAUUUUAUUUUAUUAAAUAUUUAAUAAAAUUAGGUAAAUAAACAAAAGUUAUGAGAAGAAAGAAAAAACAAUUAUAAUGAAAUUGGGGACUACUG